AUGCGAGAGGCAACAUUCCUCGCUGCCAAUCGCAGACUUGCUGCUCAACCCCACAUCGUCUCGAGAAUCGCCGGUAGAACCUGGAGAAACCCCUUAGCCGUCAGACCUCCUCAGUUCAAGAGGGGGCAAAGCACGGAGAGCACACCAGUUUCAACUGAGAGUGAGAAAAAGAGACGCGAUGAUACGGAGGUGUUUGGUAACAUGCUGAGUAAUCUGGAGCAAGGAGAGGGAUUACCCGAGGCAGGGGUUGUAAACCAACCACUAUCUACGGAGGAGGUGGUGAUGGUGGUAAAUGAAGAGGUGAUGGUGCCGAAGGCAGUGAUGAAUGAAGACGAGAUAGAAAGAGGCAUUCUGGCCUUAGAGACUUCUGAGGUAACUGCCAACGCAGAAACCUAUGAUGGAACCUCCAAUGUUGCAGUGGAGAAGGUUGCAGUGGAAGAGAUUGUGGUGGCUAAAGUUGCGAUGAAGGAGGUUGCAAUGGAGACGCAACCAGAAGUAGUUGAAGAGAAAAAGAAAAAGAAGAAAAGCAAAGGGAGAAAGGCUGGAGAGGCUGAUUCUUCUCAUCAUCGCAAGGAGAAAAAGAAUAAAGAAAAGAAGGAUGAUGACGAAGAUGAGGAAGCCAAGAAGGAAAUGAAGAAGAAAGAGAAGGAAGAAAGAAAAAUGCACCAGCGUGAAAAAAGGUCAGAUUUGCAUAAAGUAGAGGUUAAGGUUGAUGAUGAGGAUGUUGCCCUAAUUCUGUUGACAUCUUUGCCGCCGUCUUAUGAGACUUUCGUUGACUCGUAUAUUGGAGGGAAAGAAACUUUGACCUUAGAAGAUACAAAGUCCACGUUGCUUAUGAGAGAGGACCGUCAAAAUGCAGAAAGUUCAGUUACAAAAGGUUCUAGAUCAGAUGAUAUUUGUAACUACUGUAAAGAAAAGGGGCAUUGGAAAACUGAAUGUCCUAAGAUAAAAAGGAACCAGGAAAAGAAGGAAAAGAGUGACAAAAGGGAAACAUCCGCCUCUGUUGCACAAGUUGAGAUUGAUUCUGUAGAAGUCGAGAUCGAUUUUGAAGGAUAUCUAGCUUUAGUUGUGAAUGAACAGUCACAUUCUAAUGAUGUGUGGGUUCUUGAUUCUAGGGCAUCUUAUCAUAUGUGCCCAAAUAGAGAGUGA